GCGCCCGAACUUGCAAAACAACGACGUCACUUAAGUGCGACACACAUUUCGUCUCCGCGAGAGCAGCAUGAUGGAGGUGUGCAGCUCUUCAAACGUCGCUCUGAGGGAGUUUGGUUGUGAACAGAGUUUGCUGUCUCGACCUGACGGUUCAGCGUCCUUCAUUCAAGGAGACACAAGUGUGUUAGCUGGAGUGUAUGGACCAGCCGAAGUCAAAGUCAGCAAGGAAAUCUACGACCGGGCAACUCUGGAGGUGCUGAUACAGCCCAAAGUGGGACUGCCAAGCGUAAGAGAGCGAUCACAAGAACAGUGUGUGCGAGAGACCUGUGAGGCCUCCCUGCUGCUGUCCCUUCACCCUCGCUCCUCCCUCACUCUCAUCCUUCAGGUCAUACAUGAUGACGGCUCACUCUUGUCGUGCUCUUUGAACGCCGCCUGCAUGGCUCUGAUGGAUGCAGGUUUGCCCAUGAGUUGUCUUUUCUGUGGAGUGACCUGCGCCAUCGAUGUGGACGGGCACAUCAUCACAGACCCCACAGCAGCUCAGGAGAAGGAAAGUCGAGCUUUAAUGACCUUUGCUAUUGACAGCAAAGAAAGCAGAGUGUUGAUGACGGUGACCAAAGGAUCAUAUUCUGUUAACGAGCUGCAGCAGUGUAUAGCAGUCAGUCAGAAAGCAUCAGAGAAGAUCUUCCAGUUUUACAGAGACUCUGUCGGGCGUCGAUACUCCAAAACCCUCUGAUGAAGCCGUAGAUCUUUUUUCUUAUCCUUUUUUUUUAUAAAAACAAAUAUUGAUGUUGUAAUAAAGUAUUUACAGACUGCUU